UGCUGUUAAGGGUGUUCAUGGCUCAAGCCGUAUUGAACACGGCCUCCCGGAAGUUACGGGAAAAUCUAUAUUCUUUUCAAUUACGGGGUAGAAGGUUUAUUAUUUUGAAAAAAAAAUCAGUACGUAAUUGCAACUAGUUACUCCGUUUGAAAUAAACCCGUGUUAGAAGACAAUUGCCCAUUUCCUAAUUAACGAACCACGACCACUUAGCUUGAGCAUAGAUCCAGAAGUGAGCGAGACGGUGCCUGAGCAAGCCUUCGCAGGGGUGGAGCAGUUCCUCAAGACCGAGGCUGACCCAGAGUUCUUCACUAAGAUCCUACCAGCUAUGCUUGAUGCUGCUCUCACUCUCAAGGAUCUCAAACCACCACAUGGCCUCACAUACUCUCUACAGCAGCAAGAGGAGGAGAUGGUACUGGAGCGUAGGCUGGUAUCCUCACUGCUGGCUCACAUCUUCUUCUGCACUCUCCCUCGUCGAAGUGUUGUAUCCCAUCCCACGCUUUCCGACCCCUGCCUAGCACCCACCCUCUUCUCCCUCCACAGAGAGAGUCAGCGGGUGAAGGUGCGGGCCCUACUCCAUUACUUCAAGAUGGUCACUCACUACCCCCAUCCAGGGCAUCUCACUUUCUCUAGAAAGGUGAUGAGUAAUAAGGAGUUCAUAACACUGAGAGAGUGGUCGAGGAGUGAGGAUGGUCUGUGUCCUGUAGUGAUCCAACACGAAGGUCGUCUUGAAGAUGCUGUUCCACCUGCCCUCCUCGCUUGCUUCACCACACCUGACCUGGCGCGACCUGCACUCAACAGGGGCAACUCCCAGCAAGUGUGCACUAUGCUGAGCCAACCAGAGUUGCUGGUGACGGCUGUGUUUGUUGAGAGACUGGAAGACAACGAGGCUAUGCAGGUGUGUGGGGCCCUCAGGACCUCUACUGUCUCUAACCUCAAGACCAGACCCUCCUUCAUCCCCAGGAAGCAGACUGUGAGUCCACCUGAGAUGGUGCACCUGCUGAUGGAUGCAGAUGAUUACCACCAGUCAGAGGUACUGCAGUAUGAGGAGAUCAACGUGCUGAGAGAGCUCAACAAGGCUUACCUGGCCUUCACACAGGACCUCCCAAACCUCCCGCCAGACCACUCUCUCUCAGAUAUUGUCUCCAUCUCCAGGCAACAGUCCUCCAGCAGCAUCUCGCCCCCAGCUAGAUACCACACACAAGUUUCUUCUGAUUCUUCUGGAAGACACAAAGAGGAGGAACCAGGUCCGUCAAACCCUACUGAGCCAAGAAAGAAGAAUCUUCCCAGCAGAGGAUCUGCAACAGAAUGGGUUAAUGCGAAAGAGACAGAGGCGCUCAAGAAAAAGGUUAAAGAUAAGAGGGUAGAAAUUAAAGAAAAUAAGUCUACGGAAGAAAACACUUGUGAUGACUGUGCGGAAGGAGUAAAAUUGGAAGGCGGAAGGUCAAAUAAAUCCCGACAGGAAAAGAGUGCUUCAAAGAUUUGUGAAAAAAAGAAAGAGCAGUCAUCACGGAAAGCUCAUGUCAAGAUAGACAAUAGACCGACAGAGAAAUGUGAAGAGGCAAAUAAAGCAGCGGGGAAGCAAGAAUCAACAGGGAGCGCAUCUAUUGGGGAACCUGGGAGUUUUGUUACUGCUCCCACGACACUUAAACGCCGGAGGAAGAAACAAAGAAGUGGGCCGUCGAAGGGUGGUGAUGCUGCAUCUCCACCUGGUAACAUCAAACCCACGAGAUAUAAAGUGGAACUCAAGGAUGAUGAAAGAGUGCCAUUCAGCGUAAAAGAUAAAGAUGCUGCCGGUGGGACCACAGAAGAGACAGAAGACCCUCACGCUGUGUCUGAGGAAGACGAGGAAACUACGAGGCUUCUGAACAGAGUAAUGCGAGCCAUUGAGAGGCUGGAACAAGAACGCCCGGAAUUGGUGCAGACGGCAUCCUUCGAGGAAGAAGGUCUAAUGCCUAAUAUCAUAUAUGCUAAAGUCAAGGGUAAACCACCUUUACCUGAGUCUCGUCCUCACGCCAGGAGUGAUCAACCAGUAGGUGACCCUCAGGAACCUCGUAGUGAAGGCUCGCACCGCCGGCACAGCUCCAUGGAACAGUGCGACUCCAGGUUAUGCCAGGUCACGCAGGAGGGUGAGCAGCUCCCCAGCGAGGCCAAGACGAGGGUAGGGGAAGACAAGGAGGGAAGGAAGCUCUCUCUCUAUUACUCAUGUGACUCAACGCCAGCUGGUCGCUUGCAGGAAGAUGACUCGUACUACAGCGCCUGUGAGAGUCUUGAUGGCCAAGAUGUUUCCAGACCCAGAAGACCCUCAAGGAAGAGGGGUAAAAAGACGAGAAGGAAGUCCUCAUUUGCUGAGAGGCUGAAGGAAGCUCUUGCCCGCAAGUCGAGCAUAGAUUCAGAACAUCCCGACCUGAUCCACGCUCACAGCGCCCACGACACCGAGGAGAGACACGCAAGAGUAUCAAGACAAGAGUCAGGAGGCUUCGUGCUGAAUGAUGACCUUCCUCGGGAGUUUAGUGUAGAGAAGGAAGAGCAUAGAGGCUCAGCUUCGUCUGACCAGGAGGAUGGAGGCAAAGAGGAAGAAGAAGCUGAAUCAGGGUCCUCCCACUAUUCCUUCAGUUCUGAUUACUUAUCAGACCUCGAGGAUGUUUACGAGCAGCUGGGGGCGGUGCUGGAGGAGCAGUUGGAGGGGCAGCUAGGGCCUCGCACGGCGGCUAUUGCAAGGUUCGCACACAGCCUCCUCAAGCGAGCCCUGAGCGAGUCUUACAAGGAUGUGACCCUGGGUCUUGAUGGGUUAGCAGUGAGAGGACCUGAGAGUGAGGGACACUUAUUGCCUCGCUCCCUCAGUCUUUCAGAACACCGUGGGCGGGGUGCCCACGCACUCCACCCACCAACACUAUCCAAGCUCAAGGGCCGGGGGAAGCCUGUGGUGACUGGGAACUGGGGCUGUGGCUCGUUGCGGGGUGACCACCAACUCAAAGCAAUGAUCCAGUGGGCAGCUGCCAGCAAGGCUGGAGCGCCUAAACUCAUCUAUUACACCUACGGCGACCACAACACUGUUAAGAUGGACAUUGUGUGUCGUUUGCUGGGUGACCGAAACUGGAGGGUUGGUGACUUAGUGUCAACACUACUACGAUACUGCGAGUCUCGUCUGGACUCUUGGAGACGGAGAGAGACGGAACUCACUGAAUCUGCUGACUCUUCACUCCCGGAAUCUCACAGGUACCGGAGUCACUCCCUCGAGAGCCUGGCUCUCUUUGAUGAACUCAUCGGUGCUGACCGUCCUUUCGCUACCCUGGAGACAGAACUAUGAUAACACUACAUAGGCUUCUGUCAGUGACCGCCCUUAUCCUUCUCACACACCUGCAACAGUGAUAACUGGACAGUGCUUCCCACCUGACACUGUCACGACCACCCUCAUUCUCCCUUUAUCUUCUGCAUCGAUUUAAAGGAAGAAAAAUAAUUUAUUCCUCGCCAUUGUAAACCAAUCACGCCCUGAAUAUGCAACACAUGAACCACGUAGCCAUUAUUACGUUGGGCAGUAUGACUACAGAACCUGAAUGAAUCUUCUCUGCUUCAGAAAAAAUGAAUACACGAGCAGUAUGCCGCUACCUUCCAGCCCAACACGUUGACUUAGACGUAUUAUAGGAAAAAAUGAAAUAUGGAAAUCAACAUACUUGAGCAAGACGCUAAGAUACGAAAAAUAGGGUGAUGACAGUGGAGGCAGUAUGAAAUAUAGACACGCUGGAAAAAAAAAGACACAAAAAUUCAGUAUGGUGCGAUUCUUUAUUGAUGACGUUUCGCUCACACCUCAAGGCUGUUUUUUUCUGGCUUCCCAAAGCCCACUAUUUGGAGGUUACUUAAAGAAGAACAUAAGAAAGGAGGAACAAUAUUGCAGGCCUGCUGGCCCAUACUAGGCAGGUUUUACUCAAACUCAAACAAUGAAAGAUUGUACUUAAGCUGCAUUUGUGUAUUUUUUCAAGACGAGGACAACAAAUUACAAAUAUACCGACCAUAACUUUUCUGUAUCUAUAGUGAAAUAUUCAAGACUAACACACCAGAAGCGAGAAAAUCCCGUGGAAAGAGAUAAAGAUGACAGUCUCUCACUGGGGCUCUCAUAGGUAAGUGUCUUACGCUAUGUCACAUGGAUGCCAAAAAGGAAUCAACCUUCCGUAAAAAUAAUAAGAGAACAUUGUUCAGCUAAGUUAUGUGCAGCAUGCCAGAAACGAUAACAAAAUUAAUGGGUAGGAGAACGGGGCAAGACUUGCAAAUCAUUAAACACGGGUUAAAAAACGUUUUUACCACAAAAUUUACUUUCUAAACUGUAUUAAGGUAACUAGCCAAAAACAGGAAUAUUUCAUUUAAACGAGGCCUACAAGUACGGUAUUUAAUAAGUAAACACAGGUAGCUUGUUCUCGUACUGAGACGGAGGAUCGAGGCUCCGGCACUCAUGGCCCUGAAUGACUUCCUAAGAUGUAGCGAGUCGCAUAAAUAAUAUAUAUGUGGGCUUGAUCAAUGUUACCAAAAUGCGUGUAUCGAGGUCAAAAAAAAAUGUACGAGCAUAAACCUGCUGAUAUUUCUUGCUUUUACAUGCAUUAAAAUUUAAUGUACAACGUUGAUAAUUCAUAUACAUUUUUGGGAGAAGUUCCUUUUAUAUGACUCUUUCUCGUAUUUUAAAUAAAAGCAAUUAUAAAAGGUUAUAUACAAUAAAAGCUUCAAAAUAACAUUGUUUUUAGUUAUUUUUCCAACCCAAUCACACACAAAAAAAUCGGGAAACAUUUACAUGACAAGAAUUUAGCGUCAAUUUCCUGCUUUUAAAAGCAAAACUAUGUACGAGUGUCAGUCUUACAAUAAAAUCAAUACCGUGCUGGAACAUUUCACAAUUAACCCGUCACAAUUCGGCCCGUCUUGGACCACGUAGCAAAUUUGAGAAAACAGGAGAAAGUCAGAAGACUGUCAGGUCGAAGAGGACGAACAUCCUGUUGAUUUACUAAGGCAGGAAAACUAUCCUAUCUGAUGGAGUAUGGACGAGAGGACACCCAACCCUCUGUGAUGGAAUACGACAGGAAAAAAUCCUGUAUAUAAAAAGUAUGAAAAAAAAGUCUGAGCGAUUAUGACAAAAAAAAUCUCUUUCGUGAUUUCUGUUAAGUAAACACAGCUUUUUUUGUCAUGCUGAGCACACAAUGCAGUGCAUGAAAUGCUGUUAAUCGAAUGCUGUUUUAUUGCACAAUUUCGUUUCCUUAUCAGGUUUAUUAUAAUUUCUAUCCUAGUGUAAAAUUAACCUUUUACAAAAAAUAUCAUUACAAAUAAAACUACUUUUAUA